GCGACGCAACCAGCAGCUUUCCAGCUUCAAUUUCCUCAAAGUGCCAGCCCCCCCGACACGCUCGCUGACUUAUCCGCGCUCUUACAGUCUUUCAUCGGACCUCCUGAUCACGCGAGAAUCGACCUCGGCAGCCGGUAUCCGGAAGGAGUCAGUGAGUGAGCGAGCGAGUGAGUGUGCGAGCGCGGGCCAACAAGGAAAAUGGCCGAUGCGGCGCAGGAUAUCGAUGCGAAGGGCAGUUCGCUCGACACGGCGAAGGACCUGUUCGCCGGCGCCGUCGGAGGAGUUGCGCAAGUCCUGAUCGGCCAACCCUUCGACAUCGUCAAAGUGCGCCUCCAGACAACGACACAAUACAGCUCGGCCCUCGACGCCGCGAAGAACAUCUACGCGAACGAGGGCCCGCUGGCCUUCUACAAGGGCACGCUGACGCCCCUCCUGGGCAUCGGCGCCUGCGUGUCGAUCCAGUUCGGCGCCUUCGGGUACGCGAAGCGGUACUUCGAGACGUUGAACGCGGGGCGCUCCCUGCGCGCCUCCAAGGACCUUAGCUACGGCCAGUACUACGCGGCGGGCGCCUUCGCGGGCGUCGCCAACUCCGUGAUCUCGGGCCCCAUCGAGCACGUGCGCAUCCGGCUGCAGACGCAGCCCCACGGCGCGGCGCGCCUGUACGCCGGCCCCGUGGACUGCGUGCGCAAGCUCAGCUCGCAGGGCGGCGGUCUGCGCGGCGUGUACCGCGGCGAGGCCGUCACCAUCAUCCGCGAGGCGCAGGCGUACGGCAUGUGGUUCCUGGCGUUCGAGUGGAUGAUGAAUGCGGACGCGGCGCGGAAUGGCAUAUCGCGCAGCGAGGUCCCCGCGUACAAGGUUGCGUUCUACGGCGGGCUUGCCGGCGAGGUUCUGUGGCUGGGCAGCUACCCCUUCGACGUCAUCAAGAGCAAGAUGCAGACGGACGGCUUCGGGGCGAACAUGCGCUACAAGAGCAUGCGGGAUUGCUUCGCGCAGACGUGGCGUGCCGAGGGCAUGCGCGGCUUCUGGAAGGGUCUGGCGCCGACGCUGCUGCGUGCUAUGCCUGUCAGCGCUGGAACAUUUGCCGUGGUCGAGGCGACCAUGAGAGCUAUGAGCUGAGGGAGCCGAGACAUAACAGUAUGCAGCAUUUCAUCUGGGAUUCGGUGACAUUUUCUGGCGUUUUGAAUUACGGAGACUGCUAC